AUUUCUGAUUACAUGACUGUCUAUUAGUAUAGUUUGGUUUCUACAGAGAUGUUGGAUGUUAGAAAGAGAUCUGAAUAACUGCAAUUUUAGAUUAGGCAAAAAAAGCCACAAUGUCACAACUUUAAAGGCCCUAAAAAUCUAUUUUCUCAGUCAAUUGUUUACUAUUAGUUAUUUGGUGCUAUAUGAACACAUUUACUCAUUUUACAUGAGACAUUUCCAAGCACUUUACUGCUUGUAACAUCUUUAAGAUGAUUUGCUUAUACAGCCAGACCACUGUCCUGAUGAAGCAGAUGAAUUUAAUUGUUAAACUUUUUAUUGACCUAAGGAUCUUUAUUGUUAGUUCUUUACUUUUAAAUAUGCAAUGUGAUAGUCAAAUAUUUAAAACCAGAUUUUUUAGGGGCUUUAAAUCAGGUUCAUAGAGGUCCCUCCACACAGGAUGUAUCACUCACUCAACAUUUUAAUCAGCAACAUGUCUUUUAUAUACAAGCCGUGUCAAAACUCAGGAGCAAAAAUGAUUCACUUCUUAGGUAAUUAGUUAUUGGUGUUUUACUGUUUGUCACUCAAAACUGUCAUUAGUGUAAUUACAGAACUGUUAAAUUUGAUAGCCAGCAAAUACAUCUUCAAGGAGCCAGAUUUGCUUUUCAAUAAUUUCAGGACAUCAAUGCAAUAUUGUUUGUAGUGAAUUAUACAAAACCCAAAACAAAAUUCACCUCAUCCCAAACUAUUCUGUCAACACCAACAGACUGCCGUCCCUGCAGCCGGCUGUCUGUUCGUACUUCAUCCCCUCUCUCCUGCACACUGCUGAUGUACAGACUUUCUGUUCAGGAAAGGAAAGCCUGUUUGUUACGCUGGAGAGUUUCAAAGAAAGGGAGACGACCCGACCGCUGCCCGUCACUCCCUCUGCUACAAUUCAGCCGACAAAACAACAGAUCCCUAUCUCCAUGCAGAGUCUGCUCGCCAUCACGCCCAGCGCCUCCCACGCGACUGUCAUGCAAAGUGAUUAUCCCUGGUUGGGUUGAUAUACAUUACUGUGUGGGCAAAGUCAUAAAUUAUACCAGGAAGCAUGUAUGAAUAGUAUGAUAAGAAGACAUCAAAGUUUCAUUCAAAACAUAAAUUAGUUUUACUGCAAAUUUCAGAGAUAAGGCAGGGAAUUAUCUUUUUUAUUAUCUGCAUCAUAAUAACUACAAAAUUAGUGUUAAUCUCAAUACAGUCAUAUCAAAGAGUUUUCACCUACAUUUGUCUUAACAUUCAGAAGUAAACACAAGAGUAGCUUUUAUCCUCUUGCUGCAUUUGACAGUUUGUGACAUCUAAAUCCAUGUUACUUUGUUUUUACUUUAGUUUUCAGCUCGAAUGUAUGAGAUCACAUUUCUAAAACAAGUGUUUAGAAACUUCUUUAGUGCUGUUUGAACUGAGUGUAUUGGCUGGAUGAAAGGAGGAUGGGCAGUGGAGGUUUGUGUGGUAGAUGAGUGGGAGGGGGACUGAAAGUCACUGUCCUCUUAAAACAACUUGUGCUGUUUGGACUUCAUUAGACCUCAUGUCACCUCAUGAGCAAGAAGGACAAUAAUCUAAAAACAGCAGCUGAAGAUCUGUGUAUGACACCAAAUGAUGGAGUUUUGGCCUGAGAAUCAGGGGCAAGCACAUCUGUACUCCAGAUUUGGUACAGUUCCUGGGAGAAACUGUACACACAACUACCACGACAGACAUCAGGCUGCCCAUUAUCCGUUGUACUACGGAGAGCAGCAGGACCACAGCAGAGAGUCCAACUACUGGACUGUACCAGGAUCCAGAACAGGAGGAGCUCUACACGAGUACAGCAGCUGGACGGACCCAGAGCUGACCGCCUCUUCUUCUUCCUCCCACUUCCCUUUUAUUCUAGACCGCCACACCCAGCACCACCAGGACCUGGGAGACUAUCAGCCUUAUGAGGCCAGAGACAGAGAGUGGACGACGGCUCAGCGGGCCACGAGGGACUACGAGAGAGGAUUUCUGAGGGAGGGGUGGCAGAGGAGGUGGGAGCCCUGCAGCCCCCUCCACUACAAGAGGGAGGUUUCUGCUAAGAGGAGCGACAGCAGCUACCGAGAGCUGGAGGCCUGGGCGGCUCGGUACAGUCAUUCACUGCCGAGGAAGAGAUGCAUAGAGGCCGAGUUGAGGGGAACCUCCCAGGGGCUGGUGGGGAGCAACAGGGCUCCAGAGAAGGACAGCAGGAGUGGGACGGAUGCUCAGGUUGCGACACUGCAACAUGUCCGACAAUCUGCAAACAUCAGAGAACCCGGACUGUGGGACAGAGGGAGCAGACAGCAAGCUACAAACUAUUAUCUACCACAAGGUCCUGCCCCUGACACAAGCCACAUGAUGGACACAAAGGAAAACACUGGCUACCAAAGGAGGAUAUUCAGCCAACCUCCUGGCUAUAUUGCUCCUCCUCCCUACGACAGCCCACAUAAAAGCUCACCUGUGAAGCACCAGUCUAACACCAACUGGGAGCAGGACGGUAAGAGACAAACCUACUGGUCAAAGCCCAUGCUUAAAAACCAGCUUGUUGAUUUGCAAGACAAGAGGAAGGAGGAGAAGGAAGAAUUUGCAAAGCCAGAUGAAAGUAAAACCUGCACACAACUUGAAGUAUUAAAGCAUCAAAUACAGGAGGCGGAUGCCCAGUGUGAACACAUGUCAUCUGUACAACAUCCACACGAAGUUCAGACUUCAAAACUAAUCAAGGAAACAUCUUCACAGGUCAUUGAAGGAAGGAAGUUCAGAUUAAACAAAAAGACAGGAGGGAUGACCAUAUUCUGCCUGGUCUCUCGAAUAGCUGCAGCCACUAAAAGUCCAUCCUUUCCACCUUUUGCCUCCCAAACUGAUAUUCAAAGCAAAGAAACAGGAGAAGUUUCUAAAGCUGUAAGAGAUGCUAAUGAAAUGAACAAGCUGGCAGAUGAGGUGGACUUCAGAGCAUCAACACUCACAGAGCAACCCAGUGCUUCUCAUGUCGAACAGAAAGAGGCACCAACCUGCACAGGAAAGGAGAUGUUUGGAGAUGAUCUACUUAACAAGGUUGGGACGGAUGAUGUUGAGUCUACAGGUGGGAGACAAUUAGGUCAGUCAGAGCAGCCUGCUUCGGUCAAAUUUCCUUUGUGGAGGGAGCCGAGUUUCACCAGCAGGGCUGAGAGUUUGUCCACGGGCUGUUUGAAACUAAACAGCGAGGAAGAAGAAACAGAUGGUGUACAAAACCGACAUGAUCGAGGUAAUGUAAGUAGCCAUCCGAUAGAUAUUGAAGUCAGGAGACUGGACAUCAAGGAGGACACCGAGGACAACGAGGGUCUGCUGGUUAUAGACACAACCUGUGUGGUCGUCAAAAUGGAGCUGAUUCCAUCACCAAAGAAAGAGCAUGUUCACUAUUUAGGUUCCAUAGCACACGAUGAAGACCGUCCAUUUAAUGUUGAAACAGAUGUCUCCAGUGAAGUAAACUAUCAGCUAAAUCAAGAUCUGACAACUGACCAAAAGGCACAAGGAGACCCCAUGCAAAGGAAUGAAAGUCCUGACACCAAUUUCAGCUCAACACUUUUGGAGAAAGAGGAACACAAGGGAGAAAGUGAAAUCUCUUUGACCUGCAUGUUGUCAUCUCCAAUUCCUGAGAGGGAAACCUUGGAGGAGCGCGCUGAAAGAAUCCUAGGAAUCCCUCUACAUGACACUAUCACUGAGCAGCAACCCAAAGAUGAAACACCAUUCCUUGAUUCAUGUAUUGAGGAGCAGGAUGAGGAGGCUGAACCUUCUCCAGUAAAAGAGGACAUUCAUGAUGAAAAUAAACAAACUCCAGAAGACACAACAGACAAACAGAAUUCCUUAGAGGUCAAGGAUGCAGUACUUUUGGAGGAUAGUGAAGACGCAACAGAUCAGGCCAAUGAAAGUGUUGAGGACUUUGCAGGAUCUCAAGAGCAGGUGUCAGAUAUGCCUGAAGAGAAUGACACUGACUCCCAACUUGCAAACCAUGUUGAAACUUCAACCAAAACUGAGAUUCCUAUGCAUGAAACCCCUGGUCAAGAAGGUACAAGAAGUGGACAGUGUCAGGAGGAAAAUCAGCCUGUUGUAGAUGAUCAGUCCUCUCAUCGUUCUGACUUCUCUGAUUCUUCUUUGCCGUCGCCUUCUGAUCUUACAUCUCCCUUAAAUAACUCGGAGUCAAACACAGACGAUUCUACACUUAACACAGCUGCAUACAUCACUCCUCAUCCUGAAACCUCAUCCCUUCCUCCUUCACCUUUGCAGCAGAUGCCAUCUCCUCUUGUACCUGACUCUUUCCGAAGCUCUACUCCCCAUAUAGACUAUUACCUAAGCCCUCCUCCUCCUCCUCUUGAUUUAACAGAUCAAACUGCUGAAGCAAAGUCCACUGAGGAUGAAGAGGGUGAAACAUCACAUCGAAUCGAAUAUGAGGUUGACGCUAAGUCUCUCACAGCAGAUACAACAGAGGAGGUGGCAUCUCAACCGCAGCAUGAACCAGAUGAUGAUGAGCAAAUGGAACAAAAACUAGUAACAUCUACAGAACAGGAUAUAGACAACAUUUUGCAGCAAAAACUUGAAUGUGUCCAAGAACAGAGUGUUGUUUGUGUAAAAGAGAGUAAUACUGCUGAGGAACAGCCACCAGAUGAAGUCAGUGAGGAUCCUACUGGGCUUUCAGUGCAGGCAUUUGAAACAGAUGAAGAAACUGUGAGUCAAGUAGAAGUCAGCCUCGUCCAGCAACAGUUUGACUGUGGUCAAGAGGAGGAUGUUUCUGAAGAUAGAUCACUAAAAAACCCAGACGGGCUUCUUGCAGAUUUUUGGGAACAGACAAGGAGCAACAACAAUGCUACAGACUUGCAAAUGGAGAUGAAAAUGUUGCAUGACACUGAACCCUCAGCUUCAGACGGUGAGGUCUCACCUUUGGAUGGACAUUCACUCCCUGAGCUUCCUUCUCCUUCACAGGAAUCACCUGAGUCAGACACACAGUUUGUUUCUCUUGUGGACUCAGUUUGUCCUUCACCUCUAAAUCCUGAAGCUGCUGCUGACAUCCAACAAACUGCCUCUGCUCCUCUACAUUUCGACUCCCUUCAGUUUCCCUCUCUCUCUGAUUCACCCCCAGUCCUGCCUCCCAGCUCUACUCCUGAUUUCCUCCCAUCUCACAAAGAAGAGCUCCAGUAUCCAAAGUCGCUGUGGGAUGUGGUGAAUCGCAUCAGGAAACACACAGCGCCUGACUCUGAGAAUGAAGAGGAAGAAGUGAGCGAGCUGUGGGAUCCAGAGAAUGUAGGCGAGGACUUUGGUUGCCCGGAUGAGGAGAUGGUCUUUGAUGAAGCAGAGCAACAGGAGGUGGAGUUGAUGGAUCACAAAGAACUAAGUGGACAUGCUGAUGAAGACACUCUGUCCUGCAGCAGCACCAGCAGCCACGGCUCUGGAGACACUGUGAUUGUAGCGGACGAGGACGAAGUUGAGGAAAUGACGCUCAAUGUCGUGACUGGAAGCAAGACAGAUGAUGAGAAUGAGGAGUUUAAUGCAGUCGAGGAGGAACUAUGCUGCUCUGGAGAUGUAAAAGAUGAAACCAUAGCCGAGGAAGAUAAAGAUUAGGAAGACACAAAGAAAUCUUUUCCAGUGGAGGUGGAGAAAACAGCAGCCAGAGCAGAAAUUAUAGAAGCUGAAGCCCUCUGAGAUCACCAUGGUCUCAUAUGAGGUCAGAAGUUCAGUCUAUACAGCUGCCAGGGGAUUAGACAUAAAUUUGUAAAUCAACUAAGCAGACAAGUUCUGCAUAUGACCACUAUGUUGUAUUCUUGUAAUAAAUUAAAGCCUAUUCCUGUAAAAGGUUUUGUAGCAGAUAUUUUCACACAGACUAGAGUAUUUUUUUUAGCUUCAGUGUAAUUUUAGAGCUUUUAUUUUGCUGGCUGGGAAGUGAAAACAACUGUUAAGUACAUAGAAAUGUAGAAAUUCGACAAUAACAAAUCUAAAGUAUCUAAAACAGCUAUAUUCAUGUUAUGGUAGUAUUCUUGUGAAGCAGAUUUUGUCACAAUUCUUUUUUCAAAUGUUUGUUGCUAUUUCUAAAGAGUAGAAUGCUUUGCGCAGUUGUGAGAUUAUGGAAGUAGAUGUAAUUAAAGAAUGUCAUAUUUGGUGUGAUUUUCCGGGUGUGAUUAUAUUUCUGGCAAAAAAAAAAACAAGCCAUUGGUGUGCUUUGCAUAUAAAUAAACACUGAAUUAACAUGAAAA